CCUGUGGGUAAGUGACUCGGGCAUAGAUAUGCCCCGUCCUCUGGAACGUCGAAACCUGAGGGACAUCAUAAUAGUCCAAUCCAGAGCCGUUGAGAGAGAAGGGAAGAGCGAGCAGCCAAAGCCUGAGAUGGAGGAAGAGGUUCGGGAGGAGCAGGAAGAGAAGGUGCUGACCCCAGUCCCAGUGCAGUCCCCUGUCCAUGUCCAAGAACCACCCAAGAAGUUCUUCUGCGCUUCAGUGACCUGCAAAAACCUGCCUCCUAACAACACGAUUCCCUCAUCUGGGAUUCCAACAGAUGUUGUUAAAGGCCCAAGCACUCAGCCCAUCAUAUUCCAUGGCAAGGUACGACUCAACAUGGAAGAGAAAAAGAUGCGCAUGGCUUGAGACAGGGAGACCCGCGGCAGGGAAGAGCAGCGCAACCUGCUUUCCACGGGGCCGUGGGCCAAUGGGUGCGGCCCCCUGGCCCGGUGCAGCUCCAAGCCUAUGCUGGCAUCGGCCAGAGGAGCAGCCCUAGGAGAGGCCCGCUUCACGACACUGCGCCUCUAAAUGCCACCAUCUGCUGGUCAGAAGCCAUACUACAGUCUUUGUCAGCUGUUCCUGUUCCCAUUGUAUACACACGCGAACACUUGUUUUUUUCCCCUUUUGGCUUUGGUAUGUGACAGAAUCUGUCAACUGUCUCUGAUGUGAAACGGACAGAGGUGAACAAAGGACAUGCAGCUUUAAGCUGGGCAUCCUUUUCUGGUCUAUUAAGAGGGUACAAAUAUUUGCAUUUUGGAAAA